GUAUCCUGAAAUUGUACUUGGGUAUUUAUGUCUUCAUGACUAGACAGGCCAUUGUGUUUACAAUGGGUGGCAUGGAACUCCUUAGUGCCUGCUGGACAUUUCUGGAUGUGGAAUUUCUGAAUUUUUCUGCAGAAAAUCAUGCAGAGGAGGAGAACAAAGAAGAAAAAGCAUCAAUGGACCCCAGCCUGAGCACAGAGCUACAGGAAAAAGAGAGUGUGAAUGAAGCCCUGAAGGGGUCAGUGGAUGAAGGCCCUGUGACUUCUUCCAGUCACCAGUACCCGUCUGGUUCUCACGAGCCUCCCAGCACCAAUGUCUUCUUGUCUGAGGAGCACGAAGACUUCUCUGCUCUGGUUGCAGCUACUGAGUACUCCCAUCAACAGGAGAAGAAAGCUCCAACAGGUCUCCCAGAAACUCAAAAAGAUCAGAAGGAUGAGGAAAGAGAUGAGCCAACAGCCCCCAGGUAACUGAUAAUCCUGGUUGUGAAAGCAAUGGUGACAUCUGAAGAUCUCAAAUCCAGGGAAAAUUAGAAAGUACCAGUAGACCUAUUUCAUCCCAUCAGACUACCACGAAUUACCCCUUUUAAGAAUGCUGUCUGUUUUCUUGAGACUUGUCCUGUUAGUUUCCACUUGGUAUUAAUUUCUCAAGUUUAGGAACCUAGAGUCAGCUUGACACAAGGGAAACUAACCAAUCUUAGAGAUUUCCUGCACUCAGGGAGACCACGUGUCCUCUCUCAUUUGGGGAAAACUAAGAUAAGAUACAUAACUUCAGUCUGCACAUUUGGCCUGUUUAAUGGUGAGGAUUUCAUAGCGUGACAUAUAGCUAGACAAAAAUGUGUAUGUGAUAUUACAGUAUUGAGAGAAACAGGCCUAGAAGGCACAAAAUGUCUGGGAGCCCACAAUGCCCCAGGAGCCUUUACUCACUGGGCCUCUGUAAGAAAAGUGGAACAGAAGUUAUGCUUUGGAGUUGUAGGAACUCCUGUGGUUCUCGUUGUGUGCUCUGUGUCAUGACUGUGGCAUAGAGGAGAGCUGAGUCUCCUUCCUCAUUAACUUGUUAUCUGGACAGGGCAGUGAGCACCUGCUGCCCUCCCUCCCCUGACCACGGCAGCCUCACUUAGUUGCAGUCAUAGAAGGACUGUUAUAUUCUUCCUAUUUCAAGGGAUGCCCUCUUUACCUUCUGUGACCUCUCCCUUAGUCUUCCAAUCAAAGCCAGUUGGGAAGUUGCAGUGUCCAGUCUUUCCUUGUUUAAUAUUCUGUUAUGUUUGUGCCUCUGGGCUCGGUAGGGAGCUCCAGGAGGAGGAGGAAAUGAAUGAUACGUGUCAGGAUUCUUUGGAUGAACAGUAUUUGACUCUUUCCAGUCACCAUGACUUGUCUGACUCCUGCCACCCUCCAGACAGUCCCACCAUCCCAUCUGAUGAGCAUGAAAUCUGCUCUUGGCUGGAGCGAGCCCAAAAUCAUGAAGACGAGGAGUAUGUAGAAGAGAGAGAACCACUGUCCAAAAUUAACGAUCAGGGGAGGGUAAAGGACAGGGAGUUUGAUUUUCUAAUUCGAGUUCAGGCACGAGAGCUGACCCAGUUACGCCUACAGACACGGGAAGGAAGAGAGCUAUCCGUCCUGCUUAAUCAGAACCUCAAGGACCUCCUGGGCCGCAGUGACCUUAACAACCUCUGGGGGCAGGCCUUCCAAGAGCAAUUGGCUGAGGGAUGCAGGCUGUCCCAGGCCCUUGUCAGCAAGCUCAGCCCAGAAAUCCAUGAAGAGGAGGCUGAAGAACAACUGGGAUCACUGACCCCCAGGAAAUACCAUUUCCUAAUUCAUGAUCAUGCACGAAAGCUGACCCAGAUACGCCAGACGUCACGGGAAGGAAGAGAGGUCUCUGUCCUCCUCCAUCAGCACCUCAGGGACCUCCUCACCCACAGUGACAUUGGCAGAGACUGGGGACAGGGCUUCCGAGAACAACUGGCUGAGGGAUGCAGGCUGGCAGAGCGCCUUGUCUGCAAGCUUAGCCCAGAAAGCCUGGAAGACGAUGAAGAUGAGGCAGAACAAGAAUCACUGACCCCCAGUCUGGAGAGGGAGCUGCAGGAGAAGGAGAUUGCGAAGGAAAUCCUUCAAGAUCCAUCAGGUGAACAGAAUUUGACUCCUUCCAGUCCUCGUGAUCUCUCUGCCUCCGGGGAGCCCCUCAGAAGCACUGCCUUUCCGUGUGAUGAGCCUCAAGUCAGCUUGACUCUGGAGGCAGCCACUCCUUCCUGGGAGGCUUGUCAGCAAGGGCCUUUGAGUGGAAACUUGAGUUUCCAAAGGUCAGAGAUGCAAACUUCACAAGCACAGCUGGAGCCAAGCAGCUGAGGGAGCAGUUAUCUGGGGCUGCAGCUGGACCAGUUCCAUUGCAGGGAUGGCAAAGCCAGGCUUGGUCUUUCCUCCACCAUCUGGAGCUUCGCAGCCAACAGUGUUUCUGGAAACCGAGGUUCACUCUUCCAAGAGCUGGGUUUGGACGCAUCCCUCAGGAUGAAGACCCCUCCCACGCUGAAGGGUGAUGCUCUUGAGUGUUCGGAUGCCAGCAAGCAGUGGUGUCAAGUCGUUGGCCACAUUGAUGCCUCAAUUGUCAUCCAACCGCGGAUUCUCAAAAGAAAACUGCGGCUCAGCAAGUGGAGAGUAGCAUGCAGAUUCCCUGGCCUUCAAGCUUAGGGUCCAGAGAUACCAAGUACUUCUGAAACCAAGAAAAGAAGAAACCCCAUUAUGAAAAGUCGCUUUCCCACUGGAUGAAACACAUCUAAAACAGCCAAUCCAGUUCCAGCCCAAACAGAACACCAGAGGGAUCCUUUGCUGAGAAUCCACAUCACAACCGCAAACCACUCUCCAGGAUGUUUACUCCAAAAGCCUGCUUCGAUGGGAGCAAUCCCAGCCCCUCAGCCUCCAGUUGUGGUACAUCGCGAAGGAGCCCAAUGCCUAGAUGCACACACGGUUCUGAGAGACCUUAACCCUCGCUCCUCUCAAUUCCCAUCCCCUACGUAACCAGAAUCAGGAGCAAGUGGGCAAAGACAACGUGUCGAACCGGACGUUCUUUGCCACCACCAGGGCUGUGCUAGGAGCAGACAGCAGUAACCGUGCAGUGUUCUUGUUGAGAAUGCGCAGGCUGAAUUUCAUCAUGAGGUCGUUAUCAGACAACUGCAGAAUGUAGACCAUUGAACAAGACGACUGGCCUUUCUUCCAACAGUCAGUGCCACCACAAAGACGACGACAAAGAGGAGAAGAGAUAUUUUCGGUUCCUAAGGACUGAAAGGAUUGUGUUAUUGUGUUUUUUUAGUCCUUUGGGACCAAAAAUAUCUCCUCACCUUUUUGUGGUUGUCUGUGGUGGUGGUGACGUGGCCUUGUUUGCAGGGGACAGGUCAGUCGUCUGGCUCAGUGGUCUACAUUCUGAAGUUGUCUGACCAUUUCCUCAUGAUUAAAUUCAGACUCACCCUUCUGCCAAGAACACUAUACAGUUAGUUUCUGCUGUGAGCGUCCUAGCACAGCCCCCUGGAGACCAAGGAUGUCCAGUUUAUCCACCACCGUUACUGUGUGACUAGCAUUGGUCACUUUGUUCUGGAGGGCCCACGAGAUCGGUUCAUUGUAAAGAGGCAUUUUUUUUUUUCUUUCUAUCGUUAGCAAUUUGGUGAGUGGUACUUUGAGAGUGUAUGAAUAUCCUCUUCUCUAAAGAUCUUUCUCUAAAAUUUUUUACCAUCGUUAAUGAGCCCUGCUGUGUGUCACUUAUCGUAUUCCUGUUUGUACAUGGAGAUUUCCUAAUUUCGUCAUUCCUCUAUACUUGUAGUUGCUGGCACAGUGCUGUGGAAAAGAACUUUCCCUCCCCCUUUCAUACCGUUAAAGUUUCUGUUGUGACUGUCACUGUGGACUCGUGAAUUUUUUACAUUCAUUAGCAUAAUCCAUUAUACUCAGGAUUGAUUUUGUUGGAUAUGGAUUUAAGUCAAUAGAAAUAUUCUUGUUCCUCCUGUUCAUACUUAUGUGCUAACGCUUCCCCCAUGAAUAAAAUUUCCUCAGUCAUCUCUUAUUGGGUAGAGUCGGUCCUUAAAAGACUUCCCAUGAUGGAAUCAGGACUCCCCGGGGGUUGCAUGUUUAACUCUCUUGUUCUGCUGCCUGAUGCACGGACAGCUUGGCGGAAUGUAAAGGACUUGCCCACAAUGACUCUUAUUCAGUUUUU